CAGGCGUCAACUGUGUCAGCUUUUUUGCCACAAAACGAUCCUUUACAAGCUCCCGAACUUACCGAUGUUAGCUCAAUGAAGAAUGCUUGGGAUGUUCCAACCAUUAUCAAAGGAUCAGAUAAUUAUGAUGAGCGUACUACUGUUCAUCCUCUUCCACCGCUACCAGAAAUUACACUUGCUGUCCAGCCGUGGUAUCUCGAAGAAGCGCAUGUGCAAGAAUACCAAGCUGCCCAAUCAAAUGUUGGUGAGUAUCAUCACGAGCAUCCUCACGAAGAAAGCUCACAGUUCCAGCAGGAGUACGAGGAACAUCACCAUCAAGAGGAGCAUAAUAACGCCGAUUAUCAAGAGUCAUUUCAAGAUGAUCAGCAGACUCAUCAUCAGCAUGAGUCUCGCAGUCAUGAAGCAAACAACGAGCCUGCUCCACCACCAGCUCAUGAGAGAGAGUACGCAAUGCUCAACUGGAAUCCAUCGUGGGAAGAACCACCUACUAAUAAGAAUGAUAUUGACAUUCCGGACCUUCAAAUAUACUCAAAUGCAUGGGACUACCACCAACCUAAUGACCACGUUUGGGUUGCUCCUGCUGUUGAAGAGCUGCCUCCACCUCCUUCCAUGAUCGAUUAUCAUCAUCAGUAUAUCCACCACCAUCAAGAGGUCCAAGAUGAGCACCCACAAGAAGCUGCACCUUAUGUAGCCGUGUUCCCAUGGGAAGAAGAAAAGGAAUAUAGACCUGCUCCUUCUCGUAUAUGGCAAGAUGAGCUAGAGCGCGAAAGACGAGCUAGAGAGGAAGCAGAAUGGCUACGCGCUGAAGAGGAAGCUAGAGUGAGAGCGGAAGAGGAAGCUCGAUGGCAGGAAGAAGAGGAAAAGAAGCGUGUUGAACGAGAGCAGGCUGCAGCGCAAUGGAACCAGGAAGAGGUUACUGGCCAAAGCUUUGGGGUUAAUAACCAGCAAGAAGUUAUUCAACAAGCUAUGGAUGCUGAAGCCGGCAUAAUUGAACAAACCGUUUCAGAAUCCCAUGAUCAUCAUCAACAGUCAUCUACACUGGACCAGCCGUUUGUCAGCGUGUGGGAUCAAAUGCCGAGUAUCAAAAGAUAUUUGGCAUUGCUUGGUGCCAAUGAGGCUUUUAAAAAAUCAGAGUAUCAGACCUACCAAAGUCAAGAAGAAGAGCAAGAGGAAGUCACCUACUCGCAGCAGGAGCAAGAACUCACCACUGAUGAUGAUGAUGAUGAGGAAGAAGAAGAGGAUUACGAGUCCGAAGAAGAAGAAGAGGAGGAAGAGGAAGAUGUCCAAGAAGAUAUCCCCGCCGAAACUGUUGCACCUCCGACUCAAGCAAAUAGCUGGUGGGGAGAGCCUUUUGCAAUCGACUCCAUGCCCACUACUCCUAGGCUUAACAAGUUUGGCUGGCGGUCACCUUUGAUGCCUACAACACCACGAUUGGAAGAUGAUGAUUGGGAUGAUCGUGAUCUGAUACCUCUUCCGCUCAAGCGCACAAGCCGCUUAUACCAACCUGAAGCACUCUACCAGCAAGAAUUUACCAGCCCACCUAAGACUACCGCAGCAGAUAUACCAAAGUCAAAUGCUAGUGUGAGUGAGAGCGAAGGUAGCGUCAAGCAACAAAAGAAGAAGCGCCGAGUUAAGAAACCAAGGAAGCUAUUUGCUGAUGAAGAUGACAUGCUCAAGCGCACUCCUUUCGCAUCGGCUGUGACUACUCCAACCAGCGAAAAGAGCUUUUUACUCCCCAACGUUGACGAUGAAGCUCAGACAGAUAUCAUUGACGCUGCGGAAUCAGAGUCAUUUGGAGAAUACAAAAUUCAGUGGGCAUCGGAUUUGCUCAAGGGAAGUCAAGCAGGUAUCAUUACACCUAUGGCGAGAACACCAUCAAGAGAGAAGGAUGCGACUUCUUACUUUGAGGGUGCAGCGUCCCCAGGUACUCCUAAGAAGAAUAGAUACAAUGCGUUGGCUUCGCGCACUGUAUGGGACCCCCUUCGUGCCCUCAAGAGUCUCAAGGCUAAUGGCGAGAAGUUGCUUAUCACUACCAAACUUGGCGACUCUGAGAAAGGUAUUGCGCAUGACGAUGUUGAAGACUCAGACGAAGAAUAUGCGCCCGCUGCGUACUAUGAUAAUGACGAUGAAGAAGAUCUUGGCGUUCUGGGCUUAACUUUCCCCAAAUCGCGAUCAUCCUUUGGAUACGCCCUAUCAAAGGACGAUUCUCCUCAAUAUGAGUCCAUGACAGCGUCACCAGCCACACCAACUGCAAAAGGCAUGACCAUGAAUUUGACUGAUAAGAUUAUACAAGAGGCAGCUGAUAGAAGAGCCAACACAGACUUUGCUCUACACGAGGCAGCCACAUCUUUAGUCAAAAGUACCGAAGAGGAUGACGAUAGGUAUGCUAUGUCACCUGUGAUUGAAGAAUUUCAAGGCAAGAAUGUGUCUGCCACAGAGCUAGAGAUGUCCUCAGGCGAUCUAUUCAAACGUCGUUCUAGCGUGGAAACUCCAAUCAAGGAUGUCCCUACCACACCUUCAGCGGCUGAAACCAAGGACGAACAACCACUGGACAAGCAAACGGCUGUCGAUACUACGGAAAGUGCCGCGGAAUCUCACCCAGUACAAUAUGACAUAGUGCAAGCUGCUACCGAAAAGCUGAGGCAAAUUGCCGGUGUUGAUUGGGAGGCAGCUGCCAAGGAAGAUUCUUCUAGAGAUAAUGAUGUAAGCAAUUGGGUAUUCGCCCAGCAAUACGAAGAUGUCCCAUCUGCACAGCAGACAGUUGCCGAAGAGCAGCCAAAGGAUACCGUAACCAACGAACCGGAAGUACCAUCUGUGCCUCAUGACUCAACUCCAGAAGCACUAGCCAUCGCAGAGGAGCCCGUUGACGAGAUAAAGAAAGAUCAGCAAAAGGAUACCACAGUUCAAGUCGAACCAGCUCAAGUGGAGCCAGCUGAAGUCACACCACACACCACAUCUGAAGAUGAUGUAUUGACGAAAGAAGACCAACCAACUAUCUCUUCAGAUCUGCCAAAGCCGAGUGAUGAGUCUGAAGUGCCAAAAGAGUCAACUGAACCAAGGAUUGAAGCUGAUGGAGCCAAGAGCGAAGCUCGCAAAGUCCCCGGACAUCUCAGUUUCAAAGGCCAUAAUGUUGAAAAUGUUCAUACGGAUGUCCAUAGAUACGAUGAUCUUAAAACACCAACACAAGCAACCUUUGUAAGCGGCAUUCAUCCUGAUGUUCCUGUUAGCACCACAGAAACUACUUCAGAGUAUUCUUCUGAGGGCGAACAGUCAUUACCAGAAGAUAUCAAGAAGAAUCUAGUAGAUACGGUUGAGCAUUUGGUGAGAAAAGUUGAGGCUGGUGAACCUAGCACAUCUGAUUUUUUGCAAGGAACGGACAAGACGCAACUUAUGGAACGCGAGACCUCAAUGUCAAACCGAGAUGCCCAAGCCUUGUCUGAAGAGGAAAUCACAUCUUAUAUCCAUCGACCUACCGUUCAUCCACCUCAAGCUCCUGCUACGUCAACAGAUCCUAUCACUAGCAUGCCAGCACAUACAGAGUAUACCGAAAGAGAUGAGGAUGAUGAUGACCUUUCGGAUACCCAGUAUUUGUCGGCAACUGAAGGGGAUCAUCACAGUGAGAGCGGUACAAGUGUGGAUUGGUUCUCAGUACGAUCAUCCAACGCUUCUGAGCAUUCUGACUAUGAAGACGAUCAACGUGUACCAGCAACCCACCAAGAGUUUCUACGUCAAUUUGGAGGAUUCCCUCAAUUAAAUAAUGAAAUGUCAUCACUGGAUAGUUGGACGCACAGCGAAGAAAACAAUGCAGAAAGCCAUUCUGUAAACCAGCCUACUGAAUCCAUCACUCCGGACGAUGCCUCGGACCGCACACCAUAAUUACCAUACUGAAUUCUUUUAAUUUGAGUUGUUAUUUUCCUUUUACUUCAUAAGCCAUUCCAUUCAUCCACUUCAUUCCACACGCAAAAGAUUUACCUAUUGACUACCCAGCACAUCACAUUACCAUG